AACGUAAGCUCAACUGAAAAGUGUAUGUAUCAUUUUAUAAUUUGCAUUGAAAGACACAGGAAUGUCUGUAGCUUCAGCUUGUGCCUCCAUCUCGUUAUCAUUCCUAUACACUAUGGCAAUCUGGUACAAUUGGAGUUAAUGGGCAGUAGUUUUUCUCUUCCCCUCUUUAUUUGCAAUUACGCUGGGCAAACCUAGGGGUCAUGCAGAAUCUCUCCCUUCCUGUCAGCUGCUUUCUCUCCCUUCUUGCAUCUCCAUUUGCUGCACACAAUGCCUGCUCUGUUCCCCCUGUGUUUCCCAGCCAGGGUUACCUGUCACUUUGGGAAGAUGUGGGAGCCCUCAUGUGAAAUUACUGGAAGUAGAAGCGGAUUUGCCAGUGGCAACGCUACUAUUUAUGGAAAUGAAUCUUUGUAGCCGUGACAUGGAGAAUAAAGAAACACUCAGGGGGCUACAGAAAAUGGAUGACCGCCCAGAGGAGCGCAUGAUCAGGGAAAAACUCAAGGCAACAUGCAUGCCAGCCUGGAAACAUGAAUGGUUGGAGAGGAAAAGCAGGCGAGGUCCUGUGGUCGUUAAACCCAUUCCUGUAAAGGCAGAGGGGUCUGAAACUUUCAAGGCAGACUCAGUAGAUGGGUCGCUGAACGGCUUGUCCCAUGUUCCUAAAGGAAGGCGAAGCCCUUCUCCCAGCAGUUCAUCCAGCUCAUCCAAAUCCACAAAGCCAGAUUCACCAGGGGUGAAGAGAAGAGGCCUUUCUCCAGUCCCUAGUGGACGUGUCACACCUCCUCGAAGAGCUCCCUCUCCUGAUGGCUUCUCACCUUUCAGUCCUGAGGAAACCAGUCGAAGGGUUCACAAAGUUAUGCGUGCAAGACUCUAUCUGCUACAGCAGAUUGGACCUAACUCCUUUCUAAUUGGUGGAGACAGCCCAGACAAUAAAUACAGAGUUUUUAUUGGACCUCAGGCCUGCAGCUGUGGCAGGGGAGCAUUCUGCAUCCAUCUUCUCUUUGUCAUGUUAAGAGUCUUCCAGUUAGAACCAUCAGACACCAUGUUGUGGAGAAAAGCACUGAAGAAUUUUGAGGUUGAGAGUUUGUUCCAGAAAUAUCACAAUAGACGUAGCUCAAGGAUCAAAGCUCCAUCUCGUAACACCAUCCAGAAGUUUGUGUCACGCAUGUCCAGUUCACAUACAUUGUCAUCAUCUACCACCUCUACAUCUAGUUCAGACACCAGCAUGAAAGAUGAGGAGGAGCAGAUGUGCCCGAUCUGCUUGUUGGGGAUGCUGGACGAGGAGAGUCUGACUGUAUGUGAAGAAGGCUGCAGAAACAAGUUACACCACCACUGCAUGUCGAUUUGGGCAGAAGAGUGCAGAAGAAAUAGGGAGUCUCUUAUCUGUCCUCUAUGUCGAGCAAAGUGGAGGUCGCAGGAUUUCAACAGCGUUGAAUUACCAGGACCUGCGGAUUCUCCUCCCAUUCUUCGGGCUGUUCAACAGCAGUCUCUGCAACAGCAGCCUACAGCUGGUUCCCAAAGGAGGUCACAGGACACCAGCUUGAAUCUUACACACUAUGGGGUCCAAAAUAUUCCAUUUGCCUAUAAAAACAUGGCUGAACCAUGGAUUCAGGUUUUUGGACUGGAGCUGGUGGGAUGUUUGUUUUCUCGAAACUGGAAUAUCCGGGAAAUGGCUCUGAGGCGCCUCUCCCAUGAUGUCAGUGGGGCCUUGCUGUUGGCAAAUGGUGAAAGCACUGGAAAUUCUGGAAGUGGCACAUCCCUGAAUGCUGCCAGUGGCUCAUCUCAGUCGAGUAUCUCAGGGGAUGUUGUGGUUGAGGCUUGCUGCAGCGUGCUCUCAAUGGUGUGUGCUGACCCUGUCUAUAAGGUGUACGUCGCAGCUUUAAAAACGUUACGAGCCAUGCUGGUGUAUACUCCUUGCCAUACUCAUACAGAAAGAAAGAAACUGCAGCGACUUCUCAAUCCAGUGGUGGAAACUAUACUUGUAAAAUGUGCAGAUGCCAACAGCCGGACAAGUCAGCUAUCAGUGUCAACCUUGUUGGAACUAUGCAAAGGACAAGCUGGAGAGCUGGCAGUUGGAACAGAAAUACUCAAAUCUGAUUCCAUCGGCAUCGGUGGGGUGGAUUAUGUCUUGCAUUGUAUUCUAGCAACGCAGGCAGAACCUAACAACUGGCAGUCGCUACUUGGCCGCCUCUGUCUAAUUGACAGGCUGCUAUUGGAGUUUCCUGCUGAAUUUUAUCCUCACAUCAUCAGUGGGGACAUCAUGCAGGCAGACGCAGUGGUUGACAGAUAUAAAAACCUGUUGUCCCUGCUGAAUUUUGCCUUGCAAUCUAUUGACAACUCUCAUUCCAUGGUUGGAAAAUUAUCCCGCAGAGUGUUUUUAAGCGCAGCGAGAAUGGUUGCGAGAGUUCCCCAAGUGUUUGUCAAGCUGCUGGAUAUGUUAAGUGUAACGAGCUCUACACAUUACAUUCGCAUGCGCCGCCGGCUCAUGGCCAUUGCUGAAGAGAUGGAUAUUGUUGAAGUGAUCCAGCAGGGUAUAGAAGAUUCUCAAGCAUUUGAAAACCGCAGGGAAGCAUUUGUGCAGCCUUCUGCUCCAGCCAACACCCCAUCAACCUCACAAAGCAAUUCCCCAGAUAAUACUGUACAGCUGUCUGGGAAAGUGGCAAAAGCAGUAUGUGACUCAAAAUCCGCCUCAAGUCCCGAAGACUUGCGUGAGGCACUGGAAGUGAUGUCAUUGGCACACCCUUCCUCCUCAGCCACAGCCGAGCAACCAAAGCCUGCCAUUCUGACAAAACGAAGACCACAUAGUCAAUGCUUGAAUUCCCCGUCUUCCAGUCAUCCCCAUUCCCUUUUCCCUACUUUACCUUCACCUUCUUCUACUCCUUCUGUGCCAGCUGGUCCUGUCACAGAUGCUACAAAGCCAAGGUCUCAGGGUUUCACCCCAUGUAAACUCUCUUCAGCUUCCCCUCAAACUCAGAGGAAAUUUUCCCUUCAAAUACAAAAGCACCAUUCUGGCAGUAAGGAGCCUGAAAAACUUUCCCCUGUUUUUACUCAAGCAAGACCUCUUCCAUCUCAUCAAAUACACAGGCCAAAGCCAUCUCGGCCUACUCCUGGAGAACUAGGGAAACCUGGUGAGGCUCAUAAAGACAGCCUGACUCUUGAUCUGAAUGUUUCUCCUUACGAUAACUGCAGCAGUAAUGUGAGCGCUGUCAUCCCAAGCGAUGAUACCGUUUUCACACCUGUAGAGGAGAAGUGCAGACUGGAUGCAAAUACGGAGCUCAGUUCCAGCAUGGAGGAUCUCCUGGAAGCGUCCAUGCCUGCAUGUGAUAGCACCGUCACCUUUAAGUCGGAAGUUGCCGUGCUUUCUUCUGAGCGUGCAGAGACUGACGACACAUACAAAGAUGAUGUCAAUCACAAUCAGAAGUGCAAGGAGAAAAUGGAAGCCGAGGAGGAAGAAGCACUGGCUAUUGUUUUGGCAAUGUCGGAAUCUCAAGAUGCACUGCCAAUCAUACCCCAGCUCCAAGUUGAAAAUGGAGAAGACAUCAUCAUCAUUCAGCAGGACACACCAGAGACCCUGCCUGGACAUACCAAAGCAAGAAAUCAUUACAGGGAGGAAAUACAAUGGCUCAAGGGCCAGCAGAUUGGUUUAGGAGCAUUUUCUUCCUGCUAUCAAGCUCAGGAUGUUGGAACUGGAACAUUAAUGGCUGUGAAACAGGUAACCUAUGUGAGGAAUACAUCUACUGAACAAGGAGAAGUGGUUGAAACCCUCAGAGAAGAGAUUAGGAUGAUGAGCCACCUGACCCAUCCUAAUAUUAUACGGAUGUUGGGUGCCACUUGUGAGAAGAGCAACUACAAUCUGUUCAUUGAAUGGAUGGCAGGUGGUUCUGUUGCCCAUUUGCUCAGCAAGUAUGGAGCAUUCAAGGAAUCUGUUAUCAUAAACUAUGCCGAACAACUGCUACGCGGUCUAUCAUACCUACAUGAGAAUCAGAUUAUACACAGAGAUAUUAAAGGUGCCAAUUUGUUGAUUGACAGCACUGGGCAGCGGCUGCGAAUUGCUGAUUUUGGCGCUGCAGCGAGGUUGGCAUCAAAGGGAACUGGUGCGGGCGAGUUUCAGGGGCAGUUGUUGGGAACAAUCGCCUUCAUGGCACCCGAGGUGCUGAGAGGGCAGCAGUAUGGAAGAAGCUGUGAUGUGUGGAGUCUUGGGUGCAGCAUAAUUGAGAUGGCAUGUGCUAAACCUCCAUGGAAUGCAGAAAAGCACUCUAACCAUCUUGCACUCAUAUUCAAGAUUGCAAGUGCUACAACGGCCCCAACUAUCCCAUCGCACCUGUCUCCAGGAUUGCGGGAUGUAACCCUUCGAUGUCUGGAGCUCCAGCCCCAAGAUAGACCACCAUCCCGAGAACUACUGAAGCACCCGGUCUUUCGAACAAAGUGGUAGAGAAAUAAGUGUCGGAGAACUUCCAGGUUGUUAGUGACUGAGAGGACAGGAAACCCAAUAAUGCUGUCUUCUAAGCCAUACGUAUAUUAGUGUGCCAAAUCCCUGGCCUGUGCGAGACAAUUCAGGAUCUCUAAAGCUUGAGAGUAUGGAGACUUAACUGUCUCUAAAAAGAUUUAUAUAAAAUAUAUAUAUAUCUAUUUUAAAAAAAAAAAAAAUGUGCCUUUUUGGAAACCCGCUCUGCAGAUUAGAUAAGCAUGUGGUCUCGGCUUUCCAAAAUCUAUACAAAUUGAAUUUUGUAGCCCCGUAAAGUAAACUCGUGCAACCUUUUCAUCCCUCAUACGACACACGCACUAUAUGUGUUAACAAAAUAGUGUUCUUCAGGUGUGAAGCUCUCUUCAAGGACUGUAUAUUUUAUAAUGUCAUGUGACAAAGGAGGUCCUGGAACUGACUCCUCCCUCCAGUUGCUCUGAGGGAGAUCAGUAUAAACAGACCAUCAUUUUAUUGCAAUGUGUAAAUACUGUCUACACUGUAUUUUUCCACUGUCGAAUCACAUGGUUGAACGUCUUCACACCUGUAUUGCUUUUCCUCAUCCAAGUGGAAUCAUUUCAUGUGUAACGGAAAGAGUAUUUUUGUACUAUAUUUUAGGACCACCACUAUUAUACAGUAGGUGCCAGAAGUCUGAAUCCACUACCAGGAACUCUGUUUAGUUCAUCGUUUAUUUAAAUCAAGUAAGACUCCGUCACGGUUACUGGAUUACGGCAACAAAAUGUUGUAUUUACCGACACAGUAUUUGGUGUGCCCACCAUUGAUUUCUGCAGCUCUAUACAGAAUUUCAGAGUUUUUCAUAAUGUUAAGGUGAAUGGGGAGGGAAAGCAAUAUAUGGCUUCUUGCUCUUUGGGCUUCAGAUAGGGGGUAACGUUGAAUUCAGAUAGGGGGUAAUGUUGACUUCAAAUAGGGGGUAACGAAUGUUGACUUCAGAUAGGGGGUAACGAACGUUGACUUCAGAUAGGGGGUAACGUUGACUUUUAGAUAGGGGGUAACGUUGACUUCAGAUAGGGGGUAACGUUGACUUUUAGAUAGGGGUAAUGUUGACUUCAGAUAGGGGGUAACGUUGACUUCAGAUAGGGGGUAACGAACGUUGACUUCAGAUAGGGGGUAACGUUGACUUCAAAUAGGGGGUAACGAAUGUUGACUUCAGAUAGGGGGUAACGUUGACUUCAGAUAGGGGGUAACGUUGACUUCAGAUAGGGGGUAACGUUGACUUUUAGAUAGGGGGUAACGUUGACUUCAGAUAGGGGGUAACGUUGACUUUUAGAUAGGGGUAAUGUUGACUUCAGAUAGGGGGUAACGAACGUUGACUUCAGAUAGGGGGGAACGUUGACUUCAGAUAGGGGGUAACGAACGUUGACUUCAGAUAGGGGGUAACGAACGUUGACUUCAGAUAGGGGGUAACGUUGACUUCAGAUAGGGGGUAACGUUGACUUCAGAUAGGGGGUAACGUUGACUUCAGAUAGGGGGUAACGUUGACUUCAGAUAGGGGGUAACGUUGACUUCAGAUAGGGGUAACGUUGACUUCAGAUAGGGGGUAACGUUGACUUCAGAUAGGGGGUAACGCCGACUUCCGAUAGGGGUAACGCCAACUUCCGAUAGGGGUAACGGCGACUUCAGAUAGGGGUAACAUUGGCUUCAGCAGAUAUUUAGGAGUCUUAUUUUGGUUGAUGAAACCCCUUCUACACAAUAUCAAGCCCGAGGGGAUGAUGUGCUGCCUAUUUAAAAACAGUGGCACUUCUCUUUGGUAGCGACCCAUAUUCUUUGCAUUGAGAUUCAUUUACACAAGACAUCUUGGUAUGGUUUGGCCCACGCCUGGGACAAGACCUUCUUUGCUCAUUAAAUAAAUCUGGAUGCAGACGC